CAUCCCAGAAAUCCACCACACCAUUCAUUCCUGCUGAAAAUAUUGGCCAAAAUACAGUUUUGUGGUUUUCCAGAAGCCUCUCAGCUGCGCUGCCGAUUAAUUUUGUUUACGGAGCCCGUGCGCUGUUCUGCGUGAAACAUUCCCCCUCCCUCUCACUGCAUUUUACACGGCGCUUCGAGUCGUGCGGAGGGAGCACAGCCUACUGGGUUUAUGGUAAUUGCGGUUGUUCCCCCGACUGGCCUUCUGGGUAGUGAGAGAGAGAGAGAGAGAGAGAGAGAGAGACGAAUCGAAAUCGAGCAGGCGAGUCUAGCGCUCAGCUUUCAUUCCCCGCCGCACGAGCUUACAGAGGCACGCACUCAUAGAGCAGUCGUGCGAGUGGUCCGCGCGUUAGGGAUAUCGCAUAUCGGAACCGGGACAAAGACUGGAGAAAUUUCCCGGGAACGCCAGGGGCUUGGUACGUCAGAUACAACCAAGUAAGCGGAGUCAGUGCGGCGCCUUUGUCGGCAAGUGGUACGUAAACGUGCGCGUGAGGACCGGACCGCGUAAACACGCGCACACACAUUGCUGUCGUACUCUCGGCGUGGCUCGUUGUCUCGCCCGAGCCCAACAUGGCGCUGCGAGGCGUCAUAUAGCAGACUGAGUUCAGUUUAACCGGAGCCGCGGGGAUUUUUCGCCACCUGUGCGUUCACGCCGUUUGUGUCAAACUCGCCGUGCUCCGCGAAACCAAGGGAAUUACGUUUGAUCGCCUCUGUAUGGAUGUACGUGGAUCCCCUACAUGUGUUUACAAUUUGUUUGGAGUGGAUAUUCAUAUUCGGCAAGUCCGGAGAUACUUUGAACUUCUAAAGGACUUGAAAACAAAGAAAGACGUAGGGUUGCUAGAUUAAUCUAAGUUACAGUAAUGCGGCUUUCAACGGGAGCAUCAAAUCCUCUUUGUUUUAACGGGAAUCUUUGCAUAUCUCAAACACUAUUCGUGUUCUCUAAAGAGUGAAAACUUGAAUUUAGAAAAGGAAAUCCCACAGAAUCUAUGCGACCACUUGGACGACAGACAUCAAUACAUUCAGAUUAUUCUUGAGAUGGUGAAGACAAUAGAAUCUGUUGAGAACUAACCGAGACAUAAAGUCAUCAUUCAAAGCAUGGUGGAUGCGAGUACAACCUGCAGAAUGAACCCUCUCACUGCACUCGGCAUCGAUCGGACCGGCUUGAGUCUCCGUGUUCAUGGAGGAAUGGUUUAUCCGCCAGGAAUCCGGACCCUGCCAACCGAAAAGGGAUUUGUUGGUGAUAGAAUCCCAGACCUGCUCUACAAACCAGAUGUGUCCCUCGACACCAGAAAGACCUCAAACAGUUAUCCUGGACUUUAUAAGAGUUCUCCACCUGGGAUUCAGAAGCCGCUUGUUGUGCCUGGGACUGGUGCAGAUGCAUUAGGGUUGGAUAGACGCGUUUUACCAGCAGACAAGCCUCCCGAACUGAGUUUGAAUGGUAACAGCUAUUUGCGGGUUCCCUGGAUGAAUCCAUAUCAUGAAGCUGGAAUGUACUCUUUUAUAGACUCCAGUAAAUAUAAUGCUUUAAACAUGUAUAAAGCAUCAAUCUUGUCACAACCACCACAUUACCUUCCCCAACAUCUGGCCUACCAGUCUCUAUGUGCUGGAGCAGGAGGAAGUGCAGCUGGUGCUGAGCGCUUAUUUUACAUGCCCCCUUAUCCUCCUGCACCUAUAUCUUCACCCCUCGCCCCUCCUCUCAGGAUCCCCACUGCCACUGUUGCUCCUACAGCACUGUCACCAAUGAUGCACCACCAGGACAAAACCAUACAGAGCAUUGGCCCAAGGAUUCACCAUGAGCCCUCAGCAUUUGGGCAGCAGACCAUACAUCAGCAGACACAGGUCCACCACCAGUCCUCUAGUGACAGGCAACACAACAGCAGUGUAAACAGUGCCAGCAACAGUAAGUCUAUCCGGACCUCAUCCAGCAAAAACACGAGCAUCACUAGCAGUAGCGUUAGCUGCAGUAGCAGUGUUGGAGUUAGCAGCAGCUCCAGUUCCAUAUCAGUAGACACAUGUCCUUCCCUGGUAAUGCAACCUCCCCGUCCUACAGCACGCCCCCCUCAACCAUCUGCAGCUCCACCUCCUCCACCACUUGUGGACAGCACUAUUGAGUUCCAAAAGCAUCUGUACAGAAGUCCUUCCUCAACUUCCUCAUCCUCACCAUCAGUUGCUCACCCUGUAUACAUUAGCAACAUUUCCCAAGAGCUACGCUCUCCUAUUCGACCUGCUAGCCAAAAGCCUAAAGCCAAAGAGGCAACCUCGGAUUCGAACAGAGGUGUAAGGAAUGAAAGAAAGGGCAGCUGCUCACCUGUUAAGACCUCUUCUGAGAAACCAUCUGAGAAACAGGGGCCCGUUACCAAAGACCCAGCAGAUAAGCCUUUAGACUUGUCUGCUAAAAUCAUGGAUUUUGAAGGACCUCCCAAUGGAUAUCAAUCAAAAUUAGAGGCCUUAGCUAAACUUGGUUAUUCCCCCACCUCUCGUUAUGGACUUCCCCCAAAUAGGGAGCUUUUAAAAGAAACUCUUUCUCCAUCCUCCUCUGCUGUUAGCACUUCUUCUAAAACACCAGAAAGACCUGAGAUAAUUAGCACUUUACCCUCCUCAUGGGUUGUGCCAAGUCCUACCCAGACAAUCAGCUCUGAGGCUAAUCAAAGCAAAGGCUGCAACAUCAUAAAGAACAAGAAUGUUGAGCAUGUAGUGCCAGAGCCGAGAAGUUCCUCUUGUCCCAGAAUUGAUGACCAAAAUAAUGUCUCAGUCGCAAAUUCUGUCCCUGUUGUCAUAACUUCAACAUCCCGGCCAUCAUCUGCCUCACCUUCCCCCAAGAUGAAUGGUGAAUGGACAAAGUCAACUCCCAUUCCACCAGAAAAGACUCCAACUAAUAACCAUGGACACCCCUCAGCUACAAAGCCCUCAAAAACACUAAAAAAAACAGAAAUCCCUGAAAUUGGCUAUAAGCACCAGCAAUCUCAUUUAGAAAAUGGACAUGCACCAAGCCAUCUUUACAUGCCUCAGGGUGAAGCAUAUCUUUCUCCAAGCUUAGCAUUUUCUAGCAGAUAUCUCUCCUACCCAGUACCUGAAAGUCUGUCCCUUUCUCACUUGCAGUUGCCUGGUAAAGGGCCAGUGUACCCUCACCCAGUGCUAUUGGGCACUAACAACCUGUAUUCAGCGCGUUUGCCUCCUAAACCUGGCCUCCCCUUUGGAAUACCACCUAGCCAUGGAGAGUAUUUGACCUACCAUGAAACACAAGAGAUGCACCCACUGAUGUCUCCCCACAUGCCCUUGGACCACAAAGUCUCUGAGCGUCUUGAGCUGAGACCCAGGCCAUCAGACAAACCUUGGCAUCAUGAGGAACCUUCUUACAAGCGUCAGGGCCUCACAGAGACAGAAACAGGUUACAGAUCAGAAAGGGAGUCAGAGAGGCAAGAAUUUCAGGGCUGUAGGUCUCAGAGCAAGCAUCACACAGUGAAUAAGGAAGAUAUUGUCUGUAUUGACCUGGUCCAUGAUGACACAGAUGGCAGUCCAGAGCCAGACAAACAUAGUGUCACUGAUGCCAAAAGCAAAGAGCCAGCUAAGCCAGUCGGCAGUGGGACAGGGAAUGAGAGUGGCAGUAGUUCUGAGUGUAAGGAGCCAGAGCUCAUGCAGAUCUUGCGUUCUGGCCAGCCUUCCAUAUCUAGGCCAACUGAGUCGGAGCGGCGGCCAGAGGUAUGCAGUCCACCUCGGCCUAAGAUGCAGGCUGACUCUCCUUUGCAUAGCCAGGGUGAGGAAAGCUCAUCUGAGCAUAGCCCACUACCAGAUAUGUUGGAAGAGCAGACGUUACGCUGUGCCAGAACAUCAGGUGAGAGGGCUCGAGCUGAUGGUGCAGAAUUUAGAGUUGAUCGGCACAAUGCUAAUCGACAAUAUGUGGACCUGGGCAAGGACAUGCAAGAAGAUGCAGAGUCCCACGAGGAUGAGGAAGAAGGACAUGGAUUGUCUAAAAACAAGAGAUCCAGCCUAGCCAAGCGAAUAGCCAACUCAUCAGGUUAUGUUGGCGACCGCUUCAAAUGCGUCACAACUGAGCUGUAUGCGGACACUAGCAAACUGAGUCGGGAACAGCGAGCCUUGCAGAUGGAAGGAUUAUCACAAGAGGACAGUAAUUUAAGUCAACCAGCUGCGUACUGGGAGCGUGCGAUGAUCCGUUUCUCGGAGCUGGAGCUGAAGGAAAAGGAGGGGUGUGUGUCGUCUGCAGCGCCCGGCUCAGGGAGAGAUCGGGAGCGAGAGAGGGAGUUGGCAGAAAGCCAGCACAGAGCGGGAGACUGGGAACGAAGCCAGCCAAGCUCCAGGCCCUCCGCAGCCCUUUCAGUCCUCUCCGAUCACACAGAGCAGCACAACGGUGUGACGCCAACAUGUGCAAACAACAGAGUUCCCGUGCUCCAGCGAUGUGGCCUGCCGGCUGACGUCCCGCAGUCCCGCCGAGUGGAGGAAAAAAGAACGAAGGAUGUGAAAGGGGAGGAGGAGGGGUCUGUUGGCACGGCGACGAGCAGGAAACGUGCACUUGGUUUGGAGCCGAGCCAAGGCCACCCUGAUUGCACGCACGCCGCAGAAGAGAGAGAAAAAGAGGGAGAGAGGCAGACGAGAGGAGAGGACGAUCACUGCAUCGCAGCGAAGAGAGCAAGACUGAUUUCAGACGUGUGGCCACAGCCCUCUGAGCAGGAAGUAAAGAAUCUGAAAGUGUGUAUCGAGCUGACAGGUCUUCGGCUUAGUAAACCCCGCCACCUCCAUAAUCUCCAGGAUCUAUGGGAUAGACAGGGACAGCUUAACCAUGACAGGCCUCAAUUUGGAGCUCCCAACCUGGGCUUGCCUCCCAAAGCCUCACUUCCACCGCUACAAACCACCAGGAGGGAAAAGAUCGACCCUUGCCCCACAGAGGUCCAGAGAAUUGCCCUCGGUGCCCCAGCUGCGGAUCGAAAGGUCAAGACAAACGGAUUGGAAGAGAAGGCGGUGAAGAGGAAAGGAGAGGUGGAAAGAGGUUGGACUAAGGAACAGCUGGAAUAUGCAGAAUCUGAAACGGGUGUUCCUCCCCUCUCUGAAGGCUUUUGUGGAGAUUCCUCCAUACGAAAAUUUUCCUCCCCACUUCCGUCACACGUCUCGGACAAGCGACAGCGUUUCAAAGAGCACCGCAAGUCUGUCGGCUCCUCUUCACCUUCCCAAGACUCGGACUGCACCUUCCCGUCUCGUUUGCGUCGGCAUGGCGACCCCGAAAAGCCAAAGGGCAAGCGGCAAUGCAAAACCAAGCACCUCGGCCAGCAAGAGCGCAGGAUGUUGUCGCAGGCCACCAAUGAGGACUGCCCUGAACUCAGCCCUGUCCACCAAAACAAGGUGCUGAAACGUUCUGCCCAGAAGCGGCCAGCAUCCCUCUCCGAUUACGAGUCCUCUCCGGUAAAAGCUCGUCCCCCUUCCCCCGCCUACCAACCUGCCGCUCCACCCACCCCUCCACACACUGUCCCAGAAGCAGCGACACCUCCAGUUGCCCCCGCUCCUCCAAUGCCUGCCGAGCCCCCGGCCAGCAGGCCUAUGCCGCCUGAAGCGCGCCGACUCAUCGUCAACAAGAAUGCCGGUGAGACUCUACUGCAGAGAGCUGCACGUCUGGGAUAUGAGGAUGUGGUUUUGUACUGUCUGGAGAAUAAAGUGUGUGACGUGAAUCAUCGUGAUAAUGCUGGUUACUGCGCGCUCCACGAGGCCUGUUCCCGCGGCUGGCUCUCCAUCGUGCAACACUUACUGGAGCACGGGGCCGAAAUCAACUGCAGCGCGCAAGACGGCACCAGGCCUCUCCACGACGCUGUGGAAAACGACCAUUUGGACGUAGUACGACUGUUGCUGUCGUACGGCGCCGAUCCAACUCUAGCUACCUACUCGGGCCGCAGCCUGCUGAAGAUGACCCACAGCGACAUAAUGGAGUGUUUUUUGUCCGAUUACUUUGCCGACCUGCAGGGCAGAGCGGACGAUGACCCUGGUGUGUACUGGGAAUUUUACGGCAGCGCAGUGUGCGAAGCUGCCGACGACUCGUCUGGUUACGAUAUCCUGGCCAACCCCCCGGGACCCGGCGAAGACGAGGACGAACAGAGAGAAGUGUUCGAGUUUGAAUUCUCCGACCGACCACUGUUGCCGUGCUACAACAUCCAGAUUUCUGUCUCACAAGGACCGAGAAACUGGCUGCUGCUCUCAGAUGUGCUAAAGCGCCUGAAGAUGUCUGCCAGAACGUUCCGCGCCACGUUCACGCACAUCGAGGUGGUGACGAUAGCCGAGGCAGAGUUCUACAAGCAGGCGUCUCUAAGUCAGCUCUUCUCUUGUCCAGAGGAGCUCGAGGGAUUUAUGCCUGACAGCAAGGAACUCUUGGAUCUGGUGGAAAUCAGUGCUGAGCUGGUGGCGCUGUUAGGGUCAUCGGUCGAAUGCUUGGACGACCGCUGGGAGCCAGCAUCCAAACCUCGUUCAUGAACUUUUGCACGCACAAACACGACGCAACCUCGGACAGACACGAGGAGCACUAGAAGUAAAGGACGAGGAUGUUCUGGGACUUUUCUUGACCGUUAAAGACAUUUUUGGACUGGAUAUGUUUGGCUGCAAGAAGGUUUCAGGACAUCUUAAUGCAAAUUUGUACAUAGUGUACAUUCUGCAAAUAGAGAAAGAGGACUCGAGAUUUGGACUGCCGUCUCUAACUUGGAGAUACGAAGCCAUGCUCGAAACAUGACACUCUUUCAUAUAAAAGAGAUGUUUUCUAAAUAGGAAUAUAACUAUAUAUAAAUAGUCACUGUAUUUUAUUUGUGUGUAUUAUAUAUAGAUAUAAAUAUAUAUAUAUAUAAAAUAUAAAUAUAUAUAUGUAUAUGUAUACGCUGCCUUUUAUGUCUUGUUUGGUCAGGUUUUUUUUAUAAAUGGAUGUUCAGAGAACUGGUGUAAAUAUGUAUUUGGGUUUGGAUCUGGGUUUUAAUCGUGAUGUCCACAUUGAGGUUGAAGCAGCCCUGUGGUCACCUAGGCCGAAGAGGCCACUUCACUUUAUCCGUGAAGCCACUUUAGCGCACUUCAUCAGUGAUUUCAUUGCAAGACGUUUUUAUGAUGUCAACUAGUAACCCGUUUGGGAUUUUCCAGUCUCAGUGUUAAACUCUAAACUACAAAGUUCGUACUCCGUACGCAAGCUUUUGCUUCGACUACAGUCACUUAUUUAUGAGUAGGAAUGAAGAAAUUUUAAUGUGCCGUUUCUUUGUAAAAUAUUAAAGUAAUUGUAAAAUACUAAUCUGACGCUUUGUUAGGCAAAGACGUGCUUGAAAAUGUAAAUAAUGGGUUGACUAUUUCAGUAACAUGUUUCUGACGUGUGUUAUUAUUGUUUUUCGAGCAGUGUUUGGACUUUGUAAUUACAUACGCUAUCAUUUGUAUUUAUAUUUUACCAAAAAAAGUUCCUUUAAAUAAAUGGCAAUAAAAGAU